AUGGAAGAUGUAAAAUCCUUCACGUACUUGAGAAGCAUCAUCGAUGAACAAGGAGGAUCCGAUGCAGACAUAAAGGCGAAAAUUGGCAAAGCAAGGGCCGCAUUCCUAAAAUUGAAGAACAUAUGGAACUUAAAACAACUUUCAAAUAAUAUAAAGUCACAACCUUUAAUACGAACGUCAAGACAGUCAGUUCCACUGUACGGAGUUCAAACUUGGAGAACUAUUACAACCAUCAUCAAGAAGGUACAACGAUUUAUAAACAGUUGUCUACACAAGACAAUCAACAUCCAUCGCCCGGAUACCACCAGCAUCAGCCUUCUGUGGGAGAGAACAAACCAGCUUCGAGGUGUAGGGGAAAUCAUGAAAAAACGAUGGAAAUGGAUAGGACAUACAUUACGCAAAUCAUCAAACUGCAUCACGAGGCGAGCCCUAACUUGGAAUCCUGAGGGGAAGCGGAAAGGAGGAAGGCUAAAGAACACAUUACGUCAGGAAAUAGAAGCAGUAAGCAAACUAAGAAGAUUAAAAGCCAAUCGACGAGAGCGUGCUAGAAUGCAUGCAUUAAAUAAUGCAUUAGAACAACUUAGAAUUGUUUUACCGCAUUCUUCUUGUGAAUCAAUAAAACUCAGUAAAAUUGAAACAUUAAGGCGUGCGCGUGAUUACAUCAUAUCCCUAAUUGAUUUAUUAAAUAAAUCUCCACAUACAAAUCAACCAAUCAAUCAUAAUUCAGUAAUUGGACAAGAAUCUACGUAA